CUGUGUGCUGCCCACCUGCCAACCCGAUCGGAGGCACCGAACCACUACCAAGCAGUAUGUCGGGCUCUGUUUGCUGAAACAAUGGAACUGUACACUUUCUUGGCCAAAAUUAAAAGUGCAAAAGAGAAUCUGAAGAAGAUUCAGGAAAUGGACAAAGAAGCAAGUGAUGAUUCCAGCACAGAUCUUGAUGACUUAAAAAAUGCUGACUGGGCUCGUUUCUGGGUACAAGUGAUGCGAGAUUUACGGAAUGGAGUUAAACUUAAGAAAGUUCAAGAGCGUCAGUACAACCCACUCCCAAUAGAAUAUCAGCUCACACCCUAUGAAAUGCUGAUGGAUGAUAUUAGAUCCAAACGCUAUACCUUAAGAAAGGUCAUGGUCAACGGUGACAUUCCACCUCGAUUAAAAAAGAGUGCCCAUGAAAUAAUCCUGGAUUUCAUCCGAUCGCGACCUCCAUUAAAUCCUGCUUCAGCAAGAAAACUGAAACCAACCCCACCACGGCCACGCAGCCUUCAUGAAAGGAUACUGGAGGAGAUCAAGGCAGAGAGGAAGUUACGUCCAGUCUCACCUGAUGAGAUAAGGCGUAGCCGGCUGGCAAUGCGGCCACUUAGCAUGUCUUACAGUUUUGACUUGUCAGAUGUAUCUACGCCAGAGGCUGGAAGAAAAUUAGUGGAUGCCUCUGUAGCGAACGGUGGCCCGGCACCACAAGGAAAGCAGAAUGGGGCCACGCAAGUGACAGUACAACGCAAGAGACUCCUUAAGGCUCCCACGUUGGCUGAACUUGACAGCUCAGAUUCAGAGGAGGAGUCGGUGCACAAAUCGGCAAGUAGCAGCAGCAUCUCCCCCUCACAAGUGGAAGACCCCUCUCAAGAAGGCACCAGCAGCAGAAAGAUGCCUCCAAAGUUCUUGCCCAUAUCAUCUACACCACAGCCUGAGAGACGGCAGCCACCUCAGAGACGACACUCCAUUGAAAAGGAAACGCCAACCAAUGUGAGACAGUUCCUACCACCUUCAAAACAGAGCUCCAGAUCACUUGAGGAAUUCUGUUACCCGGUGGAAUGUCUGGCUCUGACGGUGGAGGAGGUCAUGCACAUCCGUCAGGUGCUGGUGAAGGCGGAGCUGGAAAAGUACCAGCAAUAUAAAGAUGUCUACACUGCUCUCAAGAAAGGAAAGCUCUGCUUUUGCUGUCGGACAAGGAGGUUUUCUUUCUUUACCUGGUCUUACACUUGUCAGUUCUGUAAGAGGCCUGUAUGCUCACAGUGUUGCAAAAAAAUGCGGUUGCCCUCAAAGCCAUAUUCUACUCUCCCCAUCUUCUCACUGGGACCUUCAACCUUGCAAAAAGGAGAAAGCUUCAUGAGGCCAGAGAAGCCCUCUACCAGUCACCACCAUUCACUGCGGAGCAUGUCCAGGUUGACCUCAAGGUCCAAGUCUGUGGAUAAAUCGCAUGAAGAGUUUCCCAAAGAAUUAAUGGAGGACUGGAGCACGAUGGAGGUGUGCGUGGACUGCAAGAAGUUUAUUUCAGAAAUCAUCAAUUCCAGCCGGCGGAGCCUGUCUCUGGCAAACAAGCGAGCCAGGUUAAAAAGGAAAACGCAGUCCUUCUACAUGUCGUCGCCAGGAACCUCUGAGUACUGCCCCUCUGAAAGGACUAUCAAUGAGAUCUGAGCCUUGUGCCUUUUCUUUGCUUUUGUCCUCAUGAGGUCAUCAUCCGUGAGCAAGGUCACUGAAACUGGAUUAUCAUUCCGCCGCUUCGUUUCACUUGACUGGCUUGAAUUUGCAUUAGGUCACAGGAUUUCCUACUGCAGCGGUUCCCAGAGACACAGAACGCGAUGUUUAGAUCUGUGCAGAGUGAUACGUAACAGGUCAGCUGCUUGCACUGGAAGAAAAUCAAGAGUUGGAAAUUGUUGCCUCUUUUGUACGUGUGUGCUGAAACUAGAA